GCGGAGCCGGGAGCGGGGCAGCUCGGCCCCUUCCCCGCCCUCCUCAGCCCGGAGCUCGCGGAGAGCAGCGACCCCCGGCCGCACAGGGAGCCGAGCUGACAGCGAUGCCGCCCGCUCCCGCAGGGCUGCUGCUGCUCUAGAGCCGGGACCAUCCCCCCGCACUCCGGGGACCCCCGCCCAUGGCGGUGCCGAACGGGUCCGUCCCCGGCGGGGGACCCGGGGACCCCAAGAAGAGCGAGAGCCCGCCCGCCCCCUCCGGGAAGAAGGAGCUGAAGAUCGUGAUCGUGGGGGAUGGAGGCUGCGGGAAAACGUCUCUGCUCAUGGUGUACGCGAAGGGAGCCUUCCCGGAGAAAUAUGCACCUUCUGUAUUUGAGAAGUAUACCACCAGUAUUACCGUUGGCAAUAAAGAAGUAAUUCUGAAUUUGUAUGACACUGCAGGGCAGGAGGAUUAUGAUCGGCUACGACCACUUUCAUACCAGAAUACAAACAUGGUCUUAAUUUGUUAUGAUGUUAUGAACCCUACUAGCUAUGAUAACGUUUUAAUUAAGUGGUAUCCUGAAGUAAGUCACUUCUGCCGGGGAGUCCCUCUAAUACUUAUCGGCUGCAAAACAGACCUUCGAAAGGACGAAGAACAUUUACGUAAGCUCAUGUCUUCUGAGCAGGAACCAAUCACCUAUAACCAGGGUGAAGCAACUUGUCAGCAGAUGAAGGCACAAGCUUAUUUGGAGUGCUCAGCCAAGUGUCGAGAAAACAUAGAGGAUGUUUUUAAAGAAGCAACAAACAUUGCACUGAAUGCCAUGAAAAAAGCUAAGCGCCGAAAAAAGAGGAAACGGUGUUCGAUAUUAUGAUGAUCCAGACCACUGGGACUAUAGAAGAGCUUGUUAAAAUCUUGAUACGUUUAUUACCAAUUGUUUAUUUUUAUAAUUUGUCUUUUUUUCAGUACAUUUUUAUUCCUACUUUGAUUUUAUUUUUAAAAUUUGAUUUUGUAAUAGUGUGUGCUUUUUGUUGCACCUCAUAUGAAGAUUUCAAAGCGCUUUAUCAAUAUUAGUUUGUGGUAGAUGGCUACGUUUAUCUGGAUUUUGUUCCCGACCGUAAAUGACUGUCAGCCAGGUUCCAAAUCCACUCUCUUAUUUAUACACUGACAGUUUGACUGGCAGUCUUUAUUGCUCAUAGUUUUAUUCUAGCACAUAGGUGCUGGUAGAUCUGGCUCUGAUUUAUUGGUCUUGUUCACUGCUGAAUUGACAUGGAAAGGAUAGAAAUGGCUACUUCUCUCAAAGGAAGAGUGAAGUUAAAUCAGAGCAGAUGGUCAGAUUCAGAGAGGAUAAAAAUCAAAGUUCUAUAUUGAUGAGUUCUAAUUAUAAUUACAAAGCAACAGCUCUAUUAACCAUUCUUCUCAGAGUAGCCUCAAGCAACUGCCCCAAACUAUGUACUAUUCUGCUGCACCUUUAUUAGAAUGUCCACUUCGUAAAGCAGCUGUUUGAAAAUCUAUUGUGUGGUCUCUCCAGAUUGGAUUUAUGAAAAUAGAAAGUGUUUUACAUCCUUCAUUAUAGUCUACUCAGAAAGCCACUCAGUGCAGAUAUGAUGCAUUUUGCUAAAUGCUUUACCUCUGGCAGGUAACAGCAGCCCCUAUUUUGAUACCCAGAGAGAGGAUCUAAUGUGCAAUACAAGCAAAACUUACUUUAAAAUAAACAAAAGUGCAAUUUAUUCAACACCGUGUGCUUGUAGGGUGUGUGGCAAAUUGAGCUGUGCUACUUACAUGUGUGUUAAGAAUUACAUGGUGAAAUCAUCCCUGCUGCUCCACAAUGACUAUUUUACCUUCAAGGACAUCUAGUUAACAAUGCAUGCAGGUGUCCUAGUUGCUUCCCAUUUAAAGUGAAAGGAACCAUCCCAUUCAAAUUAGUACCUGCACUCCAAGGCUUUAAAGUUUUGUGAGAAAUUUCUCUGUACAUGAGGUUACUACAGCUGAAGAUCUUUUUCACAAUAAUGUGACACUACAGAAAUAGCAUGUUUUAAAUCGAUAUUUUGCAGCAGAGGUGUUUUUUCUGAAAUAUGCCAUGGUUUGGGCUGUAAUAUACAGUCCAUCCUAGGGGGGAGUAGGUUGUGUUCAUAGCAUGUCACCAAGUUAUUUCUCUGUCUGGGAGGCUUACAUUUGCUGUUUUUGCCAGGAUUCCUGUUAACAGCCUGAAAAAUUCCAAAGGUCAGGUUAUUAGGUUAGAAACAGUACAUUUCCAGUCUUCUCUUCAUUUGGUUGUGAAUACAGCU